CAGCACUGCCAGCCUGUGUGUGCACAGCAUAAAAACUAGGUAUUUUUUGGUUAUCAUUUACGGUCACACUGCAAGCGCUGUUCUCACACCUGGCCAGCCAAAUGCUUGUAAUUUAUUUGUUUGCAUAUAUUUAUUGCAAACUAAAAACAUGUCCAUAUCGGAGCAGCAUCGCAUCGGGCUGCGCGAUCUCCUGAUUAACGAAACAAACACACCCGUGCUGCUGCAGCUGGCCAGAAGCGUCACAAAAAAUGUGUGCAGCAUCGAAGAGCCCGAAGAGGCGCUGGACUACCUGACGGCGCACACGGAGGACAUACACAAGCUGCUGUAUAAACGACACAUUACACGGGACCUGUUGUUCAAAUACCUGCAUAAACGCCUGCCCGGUGCCAAUACAGAUUUCACCAAAGCGGAUCUGGUCAUGCGGGUGAUAAAUUAUUGGGAUCAACAGCUGAACAAGGGCACCAUGCAAGUCCAAAGCUCAACUAGCUUGGACACAUAUUGUCCGACCCAGCCGUGCAAGGAAGAGGAGUUCCCCAUACAUUUGAUAGCGCGCAAAUUUGGCGAAUGGUUCUUCGACAAAUACAACUCCGAUCAGCUGAAGCUGACCGAUUUGUGGAGCGAUGCGGCGCUGCAGCUGGAGGUCAUUGCGGACGACGGCUCCAGCGAGAUGCAGUGCGCCAGCGCUGAGCAGGUGCUGUUAGCGCUGAUCAGCGCUAAGCAACAGUUUGGCUUCUACUUUAAUCCCAAUUUAACGCAUUCGGGCGUGCAGGGACGCAUCGACAACUUUGGCCAGGUCGUGGUGCUCUGCUGCGGCACACUGCACACGGCCGACAGAUCUGUUGGCGUCUUUGAAUGCCUCUUUGGCCUGUUGCGCGAUCCGCACGCCAACAACAACUGGAAGCCCAAGAAGUUCAAGUGUUUGCUGCGCAGCGAACUCCGCCCCCCACGGCUGCACACCCUCAACGCCAGCGAGACGCUGCAGACGGCUCUGAAGCUGCCCACGCCCAGCGACACACUGGACUAGCCAUCGGUGCCAGGAUAACUCUUCAAAGUAGCUGACUAUAUUUAAUUUUUUAGAAUACAUAUAUAUAUAUAUUUAUAUAACUAGUCUGUUAAAGCAAGCAAAAAGAAAUCAAUUCUUUUGAAAGCUUGUUGAAAUUUCCGUUGUAAUUGAAAUUUGUAUGUUCGACUUAACAAACUUUACUUAAGGACUGUGAAAUGAUAUAAUAAACUGCCUUGAUUAAGCCCCCGGCUAGGAAA